AAUAACUCCUCUCUCCUCUUCUCCUCUCUCUCUCUCUUUAAAUUUAAGCACACUCUUGAGAGAGAGGCACAGGGCGAGAGAGAGAGAUGGCAGGAGGGACAGGAGGAAGGUCGCUGGAGGAAACGCCGACUUGGGCCGUGGCGGUUGUUUGUUUUGUGCUUGUUUUGAUCUCCAUUAUCAUCGAGUACAUCAUUCAUUUGAUUGGCAAGUGGUUAACCAAGAGGAACAAGAAAGCUCUUUACGAAGCACUUGAGAAGAUAAAAUCAGAACUCAUGUUGUUGGGCUUCAUAUCGCUACUGCUGACAGUGGGUCAAGGGCCCAUCUCAGACAUAUGCAUAUCGGAGUCGCUGGGCGCCACUUGGCAUCCAUGCAGUCAUAAACAGGAGUCCAAAAUGAACACGGACGAUCAAGAAGAUGAAGACGCUGAUCACGGAAGAAGACGGCGGCUACUCGUGAGCCUCUCCAACACCACACAAGCAUCUUUUGGUCAUCAGAAUGCUCGCAGAGGUUUAGCUGCUGCUGGAUAUGACAAAUGUAGCCCCAAGGGAAAGGUGCCGUUUGUGUCCAAAGAUGGGAUUCAUCAGCUUCACAUAUUUAUAUUUGUGUUGGCGGUCUUCCAUGUGCUCUACUGCAUAAUUACCUUGGCCUUGGGUAGUGCCAAGAUGAGAAAGUGGAAGGCGUGGGAGAAGGAAACGAAGACGGUUGACUAUCAAUUUUCACAUGACCCAGAGAGAUUUAGAUUCGCAAGAGACACUUCGUUCGGGCGAAGGCACUUGAGUUUCUGGAGCCACUCGACAGUCCUGCUUUGGAUAGUCUGUUUCUUUAGACAGUUUGUUAGAUCGGUCCCCAAGGUCGAUUACUUAACACUACGCCACGGAUUCGUAAUUGCUCAUCUUGCCCCUCAAAGUCAUGCGAAAUUCGAUUUUCAAAAGUACAUCAAGAGAACACUUGAAGAGGACUUCAAAGUUGUUGUUGGGAUCAGCCCAAUAGUCUGGUUAUUUGCCAUCUUCUUCCUGCUCUCCAACACACAUGGAGCAUAUUCUUAUCUGUGGUUACCCUUCCUUCCACUAGUUAUCAUUCUGCUAGUGGGAACUAAACUGCAAGUUAUAAUAACAAAGAUGGGUCUGAGUAUCCAAGAGAGAGGACAAGUUGUUAAGGGAACACCAGUGGUUAAGCCUGGAGAUGAUCUCUUCUGGUUCAACCGGCCCCGUAUCUUGCUCUACCUCAUCCACUUCGUUCUCUUCCAGAAUGCCUUUCAGCUUGCUUUCUUUGCUUGGACUUGGUAUGAGUUCGGCUUGAGAUCAUGCUUCCAUGAUAAGCUGGAAGAUGUAAUUAUCAGGAUAUCGAUGGGGGUCUUGAUUCAAAUAUUAUGCAGCUAUGUGACUCUUCCUCUCUAUGCACUAGUAACGCAGAUGGGCUCGAACAUGAAGCCUACCAUCUUUAAUGACCGAGUGGCCAACGCACUACGCAAUUGGCACCAGAGCGCGAAGAAGCACCUAAAGCAAAAUCAUGGAUCAGUCACACCAUUCUCCAGUAGGCCUGGAACUCCAUCUCGCGGAAUGUCCCCUGUCCACCUGUUGCAGCACUACAAGUCAGAGCUCGACAGCGUGCAGACAACUCCGAGGACAUCCAACUUCGGAAACGAGGGUUCGGAGACCAAUGGCCCAAAUUCGCCUUCACGCCGGAAUGAGGAGCGUGGUGACGUCGAGAUGGGGGUGCAACAUGCCGAUCAGGCUCAACAUGAAAUAGACAUAUGCUCAGUGGAUUUCUCGUUUGAGAAAAGAACCAAAGCUUGAAUGUUGAGUGUAGGAAAGAGCAAGAAGAGGCCAGAAAAUGUAGUCCUAAAAACCGAAGAAGAGACAAGAAGACAAGAACGAAGUAGUAUAGGCUUAGCUGUGCCAAAACAUUCCUUCUUAUAAAACUAUGCGAAGAUUUUGAAUGUAAA